AUGAAUUUCAACCAUUCAGGGAUACCUGAAAAUGUAUACUUCUGUUAUGAGUCCUUGAAUAGGUCGUGCCCAAAGACCGUUUAUCCAACAACAAUUCGAGCCCUGCUAUACGUCUUAAUUACUGUCAUAAUUUUUCUCACUGUAUGUGGAAAUCUUCUCGUUAUCAUCGCCAUCACUCACUUCAAACAGCUUCACACGCCAACCAACUACCUUGUCCUCUCCCUGGCUGUGGCUGACUUCCUGGUGGGGGCGAUCGUCAUGCCCCCCAGCCUGGUGCGCUCUCUUGAAACCUGCUGGUAUUUUGGAAGCUUCUUCUAUCGAUAUUACGCUGUUUGCCAACCCCUCCACUACCACAGUAAGAUCACCACCACUGUCAUCAUCAUUAUGAUUAUGAUCAGCUGGAACCUGUCUGCCAUCAUUGGAUUUGGGAUGAUAUUUAUGGAGCUGAAUAUGAGGGGAAUGGAAGAUUUUUACUACAAAUACAUUGAUUGUGUGGGAGGCUGUUUUAUUUUCCAGACUGAGGUUGUAAAUACUGUAGCAUCGGUUCUCUCUUUUUACGUGCCAGGAAUCAUUAUGCUCACAAUCUACCAUAAAAUCUUCCGAAUUGCACAGAAGCAAGCUCGGGCUAUUAACACCACUGCCUGUCAGGAUGUGCACUCUGAAGCCAGAGUGAGCCACAUGGAGAGAAAGGCCACAAAGACCCUUGCAAUCGUUAUGGGGGUAUUCCUGUCGUGCUGGAUCCCCUAUUUUGUGUGUACCCUGCUUGAUCCAGUCAUUAAUAAUUCUGCUCCGCCUGUGCUGUAUGAGAUAGUCACAUGGUUUGCUUAUUUAAAUUCAACAUUUAAUCCUAUUGUUUAUGCUUUCUUUUACAGCUGGUACAGGAGAGCUUUCAAAAUGAUCAUUGCUGGGAAAAUAUUUCAGCAUGACUCC